AUGCAUAUGCACUAUGCAUUUGAAGGGGAGAGCUUCGAAGUGAUUAUUGGUCAAAUGACAGUCAUCGGUUAUUACUUUCUUGUUUAUGGUGUUAAAGGGACUGUGAACCUCAGCCCAUUUUGCGGCCAUAAAUCAGCAACUUGGAGAAAGUACCUGCGCCGCUGUGCGCGGCUGCGGAAGAACCCUGCUGUGCAGGCCGCCUCAGUGGUGGUGCGGCCGGGAGGCAUCUACGCUGGGGUCCUCUUUCGCCAGGAGUCCUUCUUUCACUGGGUGUUCGGUGUCACCGAGCCAGGCUGCUACGGCGUCAUCGACGCUGACACUGGGAAGUCGGCCCUGUUUGUGCCCAGGCUUCCUGCCAACCAUGCCACCUGGAUGGGAAAGAUCCAUUUCAAGGAGCACUUCAAGGAGAAGUAUGCCGUGGACGACGUCCAGGAUGCAGAUGAGAUUGCCAGUGUCCUGACGUCACAGAAGCCCUCUGUCCUCCUCACUUUGCGUGGCGUCAACACGGACAGUAGCAGCGUCUGCAGGGAGGCCUCCUUCGAGGGCAUCAGCAAGUUCAAAGUCAACAACACCAUUCUUCACCCAGAGAUCGUUGAGUGCCAAGUGUUUAAGACGGACGUGGAGCUGGAGGUUCUGCUCUACACCAAUAAAACCUCCAGUGAGGCCCACCGUGAGGGUGGCUCUUGGAGAGAUGAGCUCGAAGCCAGAGGCCACAGCCCAGUGCGCCAGGAAGCUGUCAGCCAGGAGCAGCCACCCGCACGAGUGCGCCUGAAAGCUGAGUGGCAUCGGGUCAAGUCUCAAUUCACAAGGAAGGAAUAUGAAGCGGUCUACCUAACACCCAAUAAGGAAGCAGUUGGUAAGGCAUAUAAGAAGGAUGCAAAACUGGUAAUGGAGUAUCUCACCAUUUGUGAUGAAUGUUACAUUACAGAAAUUGAGAUGCUGUUGAAUGAGAAAGGGGAAUUUACAAUUGAAACUGAAGGGAAAACAUUUCAGUUAACAAAAGAUGUGGCCAACAUGAUGAGAUUCCAGAAAACACUCUAUGUGGAAGAAGUUAUUCUGAAUGUAACUGAACCCUUCUUCAGCCUGAGCAGGAAUGAACAUAUAUUCCAUGUAAGAGAAGGAAAUGAACAGAGAACAUUCCUCAGUUUCCCUGCUGUAGUCACUCUAUUCAAAUGUUAUGCCCUCUCACUGAGCCAAAACCAGGAGUUCAUGCCAUUUGUCAAGGAAUUACUGGAAGCCCUGACCAGGCACAGGUUGUCUCACAAAGUAGAUGAUUCCUCUGGGUCAAUUGGAAGAUGCUAUGCCAGGACUGAUGAGAUUGGUGUGGCUUUCAGUGUCACCAUUGACUUUAACACAAUGAACAGACCCCACACUGCAACUCUGAGAGACUGAGAUGCAACGUGGCAGAUAACAGCAGAGGUCUCUGAGCUGCCUAGUGUAGUCCGAGAUCUGACCAGUGGCAGCAUCAUAUGGGCCAAUGUGGAGGCCAGGUAUCCUCUCUUUGAAGAGCGAUGA